CCCUCCUGUUUUGCUCCACAGCGCACCAACUUCUCCUCCCUCCUUAGGCCAUCAAAGUUCAGCAACCUCUCUAAGGAAGUGAUAAGGAGAAAAAGAAUGGCUUUUCUUGUGGUACUCUUGGUGGGAUUGCUCUGUUUGGGGUCGUCUGUUCGUGGAUAUGGCGAAGGCUGGAUCAAUGCGCAUGCGACCUUCUACGGCGGUGGCGACGCGUCCGGCACAAUGGGCGGGGCUUGUGGCUAUGGGAACUUGUACAGCCAGGGCUACGGCACGAACACGGCGGCCCUGAGCACCGCCCUGUUCAACAGCGGGCUGACCUGCGGGGCCUGCUUCGAGAUCAAGUGCGUCAACGACCAGAGGUGGUGCAACCAACGCUUGAUCGUGGUCACGGCCACCAACUUCUGCCCGCCGAACAGCGCACUCCCCAACAACGCCGGCGGCUGGUGCAACCCGCCUCUCCACCACUUCGAUCUCUCCCAGCCGGUGUUCCAGCAGAUUGCCCAGUACAGCUCUGGGAUUGUCCCCGUGGCUUAUAGGAGGGUGCCAUGUCAAAAGAAGGGAGGCAUCAGAUUCACCGUGAACGGUCGCUCCUACUUCAACCUGGUCCUGAUCACCAACGUUGGUGGUGCAGGGGACGUCCACUCUGUUUCGAUCAAGGGCUCGCAGACCGGCUGGCAACCCAUGUCCCGGAACUGGGGCCAGAACUGGCAGAGCAACUCGAACCUCGACGGACAGAGCCUCUCCUUCUCGGUCACCACCAGCGACGGCCGGACCGUGGUCUCCAACGAUGUGGCGCCCCCCAACUGGUCCUUCGGACAGACCUUCACUGGCCGGCAGUUCGCGUGAAUACGAGCACAAUGUCUAGUCCUCUGGGCUUUGGCUAGUAGAGCCUAGGGGCCAAUUAGGGCAAGAAUUGUGUAGCUAGCAGUGCAUAUUGGGUCAGCCAUGUCAAUUAAGACAUGAAGCAAAGGUUUAUUUUAGGAUGGCCUUUGUCUAUUCUGUUCUGGUCUACUUUAAGGAAAGAACAGAGCAGUGAAGAUGGCUGUGGUGGGGGGUGCUGAGCAAUGUCACCACCCUUCUUCAUGAGUCAACAGUCUUUUAUUAUCUGGUUGGGUUGUGUUUGUGUCUCAUCCAUUGGUGAAGUUACCAUGGAGGGAGCAUUGUAAUGGGCCUUUUGUUUUGCCCUUUCAAAUGUUUAGUCAUGGUCCAGUGAGGACUGAACUGUAAGAGGUAGCUCUUCUUGGUUCAUGGUUUGUCAGCUUGGAACAUAA